GAGAAAGAGAAGGGAGAGAAACAUUGAUCAGGUUCCUUUCCUAAACACUCCUACAGGACCAAGCCCUGACCAGGAAUCCAACUGGUGACUUUACACUUUGUGGGAAGAUGCCCAGCCAACUCACUGAGCCACAUUGGUCAGAGCUGUCCAAAUGAUUUUUAUAUCUAGUUGGCUCUGAUGAAACUAUUCAGAACUAAUGGAAAACUAGGCAAGAAGUGUUUCAAAGGAAAAGGGGCCAAAAUAUAAAUGAGAGGUUGUAUGUAUAUUUGUGAAUUAGGUCUAGAUGAUGAAAGGAUUUUAUCUUAGGUGCAGAGCUGACCAUAUAUAUACAUGCAGUUGAUGUCAGGAUUAAUCUCAAUCUUUUUCAUUCAGGUAACAACUGAGACAACUUUAAUACAGUAAAGUUUUGAAUGUUAAAUUCUAAAUAUGUAACAGAUAGUGUAUUACGGAAGUAGUUUUGAAGUUUGGAUGAAACCAGGCCUGUACUUGUUCCACCUCCAGUGUUCUUUGCAUGAUUCCCAUUGGUUAGGAACAUGAGUUUCAGAACACGUCUGUUUUUUAAGUGUCUACUUGGGUUCUUCAGGAUACAAAGUAGACUUCUACAUGUUUAUAAUCAAAUAUUUAACAUAAAGCCAUAGAGCAUACAGGAUUAAAAAGUCGAAUAGAUAAUAAACCUCUGUUGUUACAAUGAUCAAUAGUAGUUCAAAAUGUUUAUAGAUAGUAACAUGCUAAUAUUCAUAAAGUUGGUAUGGGAACGAGAACUGGCUGUUGCUUAUAUAUACCCAGUGUAAUAGGUUUUUUUUUUUUUUUUUUUUUUUUUUUUUUUAAUGGGGGAGGAAGCCCUGUUGAGUAGAAACCUGAUUUAGUGGUAGUUUCUAUUUCCAUUUCAUCAUGAAUGCAGUGUCUGCAUGGGUUAUGUCCAAGUUUUCAAUGGUGUUUUUGUGGUAUGUUCCAAAGAUUUCAAAGUAACAAUAAUAAAAGAAUUGUGUAAGACAUAUCUAAGAAAUUACUUGAAAAUAUGAAAACACCAAGUAAGGAAAAUGUCAAGGAAGUCAUGUAAAUCAAAGAAAUAAUGUAAUAUACCGCAUAUUUGAAAUUCAUGUCAGUUACCAUUUUGAGCUGCAUUAAAAUGGUUGAAAAUAUUGAGCUCUUGACAUUGCUAUUACAUUUUAAAGGAAGUGGAGUGCAUUGCAGAUAGACAGUAUACAGAUAGGUUGUUCAUUCUGGAAACUCCUAAUUUACAGACAAGACAUGAGAAGAAGCUAGUGGGUCAGGUACCUUAAAUUAGGGAUUACUCGAAAAAUUACUCUUCAGUAGAGAUGAUUGAAGAAAAGAGGGUGUUUUCAUAAGCUGUCUUUUGUGGGAAAUGAAGUGACAUUCCUUCCUACACAGUAUUUCCAGUCUGAGUGUUCUAUGUGCUAGGGAAAUUGUAGAGCAGGGACCAUUUAUUUAGCAUGAGUAGGCUAAGACUGGCUGUGCUUUCAAAGUCACAACCAAGUUUUAGAACUUGUUUCAGGAGUGUUUGAAGAGCACGGAUAACUGUAGGGUUACAUGUUUAUGAAGUAAUGAAUACCUUUACUUUGAGGUAUUAAUUGUCCAGCUCUUGUACUUGAAACUAUUUUAAAAUAUCUUUAAGCAGUAACUGUUUGAAUCAGAGAGAGAGAUUUAUUCAGUUCUCUUGUUAAGAUCACAGAAUUAAUAGGCAUGGGUAUUAAACAAUGCCUUUCAGUUUAAUCAUUCUUUUUCUGCCUGGAUUCUGGAAGAAUGUUACUAUAUAAAACUUGAAAGCCUAAAGUAUGAAUAGAAACAUAAUUGACUGACUAACUCUUGUUAUAUAGUGUAGUUAAGUGACUAGAACAUUAGAAUAGUAAUCAUACUUUUUUUUUUCAUUUUAAAGAUCUUAUUUAUUUUUAGAGAGAGGUCAAGGGAGGGAGAAAGAGGGAGAGAAACAUCUAUCAGUAGCCUGGUGGCCCCUCCUGCACCCUGUAACUGGGGGCCUGGCCUGCGUCCCAGGCAUAUUCCCUGAUACAAUCAAACUGAGACCUUUCCCAUUUUCAGAGGACACCCAACCCACUAAGCCACCAGUCAGGGUAGGAAUCAUAUGAUUUUUCACUUUGGUUCCAGUGCUUGCUUUGGGGCCUCAGUUUCUUUAUAUUCAUUAAAAGAGAAUUGAACUAGGUUCCCAUCCCCCCCUCCCCCCCAAAGGGCUCUUUUCUAGGUGUUCUUCUCUACAUUGCGGAACCACUGGACUUAUCAGUGAGUGAAGAGCUAGGUUGGGAUAAAGGCCAUUAUUUGGAUUAGUUAUUUUUUCUCUUAUUUCUGUUCACAGUAAUGUUGUUUGUAGAUAGAAUUACAUAUUUACAGAGGUAUAAGUGCUUAAAGUUUAUUUUGCCCAACUCCUUCCCUGACUAAAAAAGACAACUGAAGUUGCAGAAGUAACCUCUAUAUCAAUUAGUAUUGCAUGUUGGCAAUCUCCUGUCUUUGAAGAUUCAAACAACCAGCACUUUUUAAGUUAUCAAUGCAUUUCAUCUACAGUGUGUAUAUACAUUAUUGGGAUUGAAACAGUUUCUUAAAAUCUCUUAGAACUGUUAGUUUUUUUGACAAAGCAAUAAAAUUAUUGGGAGUAGUAUUGCAACUAAAAAACCCCAAUAGAAUCUUAGUUUGGACUACCAUUAAAGGUUAUAUCAACUGAAAAAGUAGGUCAUGACAACUGAAAAAAUACAAAUGGGUAUUCAAGGCCCAUGAACACAUUAAAGAGAGUGCUUUAGUAAGUGUGAAGGGACUCCACCGUCUGGCAGGGACUUUUUUGCGGGACGUGGACUUUAAAAUUUAGCUAACACCAAUUUGUAGUUACCUGUGGAUGACAAGAAGAAUCUAAUUUUUGUAUUUUCUCCCCUAAACCCACUCAGCCUCCUAUACCUGCACAAGUUUUUUGACUCAGUGCACGCACAACCGGCCUUCGAGGCUGCUAUUCCCAAAUGUUGGCUUAUCCAACUUGCUUGGGACGAAUUGUGAGCAGUGGCUGUAGUCUGUUGAUCCCAUUUCCUUCUGCUCUAGUUCGGGUUAGGGAGUGGCUCUUCAGGACUUCCAAUGUUUUCGUGCUCAGGCACUGGUAUUCACAUGGCUCCAGUGCAUUGUUUUCUUCUAGGCAGUCGCGGGUAGCGCUUGGACCUUUAUUUUGGGUUCUGUCGUCUUGGGCUGCAAGUACUCUGUUGUUUCUGCUCUCUCCCCCGUCCUUUCCAGUUUCCUGUUAGCCAAAGGCAUUGCUCUUUCCGAACGAAAAGUUAUCAGAACGGAGUGGAACCUCCCGGAAAAUGCUCUUGUCUUCCGUGUGUACCGGAUGGGAGUGGGGGUGGCCCAGAAACUGGAUGCCCCUGUCGGUAGCGCUGAAAGGAAGGACCUGAACCCUAGGCAGAGGCGGGAUAGGAGUCCGAGAGGAUGGCCGGGGCCGGCAGCCAGCACCACCCUCCAGGGGCCGCAGGAGGAGCAGCCGCCGGGACUGGCACCGUGGUGACCCCUGCCGCUGCCUCCGCAGGACCCGGAGAGGAUUCAUCGGACAGCGAAGUGGAGCAAGAGGGACCCCAGAAACUGAUCCGCAAAGUGUCUACCUCGGGGCAGAUCCGGACCAAGACCAGUAUUAAAGAGGGACAACUAUUGAAGCAAACCAGUUCUUUCCAAAGGUGGAAAAAGCGAUACUUCAAGCUUCGAGGCCACACACUUUAUUAUGCAAAGGACUCAAAGUCUCUGAUAUUUGAUGAAGUUGACCUCUCAGAUGCCAGCGUAGCUGAAGCAAGCACAAAAAAUGCUAACAACAGCUUCACGAUAAUCACUCCAUUCAGAAGACUAAUGCUGUGCGCUGAGAACAGGAAGGAGAUGGAGGAUUGGAUCAGCUCUCUGAAGUCUGUACAGACCAGAGAACCCUACGAGGUGGCCCAGUUUAAUGUGGAACAUUUCUCAGGGAUGCACAACUGGUACGCCUGCUCCCAUGCCCGACCCACUUUCUGUAACGUGUGCCGAGAAAGUCUUUCUGGAGUCACCUCCCAUGGCCUUUCCUGCGAAGUAUGUAAAUUCAAGGCUCACAAGAGGUGUGCAGUGAGGGCAACAAAUAACUGCAAGUGGACGACUCUGGCCUCCAUUGGGAAGGACAUCAUAGAGGAUGAAGACGGAGUGGCUAUGCCUCACCAGUGGCUAGAGGGUAACUUGCCUGUGAGCGCCAGAUGUGCUGUCUGUGACAAAACCUGUGGCAGCGUUCUUCGUCUGCAAGAUUGGAAAUGCCUUUGGUGUAAAACGAUGGUACACACUGCCUGCAAAGACUUAUACCAUCCUAUAUGUCCACUUGGCCAGUGUAAAGUGUCUAUCAUACCUCCAAUUGCACUAAACAGCACUGAUUCUGAUGGUUUCUGUAGAGCAACGUUUUCAUUCUGUGUUAGUCCUCUGCUGGUUUUUGUCAAUUCUAAGAGUGGAGAUAAUCAGGGAGUAAAGUUCCUCCGACGAUUUAAACAGUUACUAAAUCCGGCUCAGGUGUUUGACUUAAUGAAUGGAGGCCCUUAUUUAGGUUUAAGAUUAUUCCAGAAGUUUGACAAUUUCCGGAUUCUUGUUUGUGGAGGAGAUGGAAGUGUAGGUUGGGUUUUGUCAGAAAUUGAUAAGCUCAACUUGAAUAAACAGUGUCAGCUGGGAGUGUUGCCUUUGGGUACUGGAAAUGACCUUGCCCGGGUUCUUGGUUGGGGAGGUUCAUACGAUGAUGACACCCAACUUCCCCAGAUACUAGAGAAGUUGGAACGGGCCAGUACCAAAAUGUUGGACAGGUGGAGUAUAAUGACCUAUGAACUCAAAUUGCCACCAAAGGCUUCUCUACUUCCAGAACCUCCAGACGCAUCUGAAGAAUUUUAUAUGACAAUUUAUGAAGACUCAGUUGCAGCUCAUCUUACAAAAAUCCUUAAUUCUGAUGAACAUGCAGUGGUCAGAUCAUCUGCCAAGAUACUGUGUGAAACUGUGAAGGACUUUGUUGCCAAAGUAGAGAAGGCAUAUGAGAAAACAUUGGAAAAUGCUGUUGUAGCUGAUGCUGUGGCCAGUAAAUGUUCGGUCCUAAAUGAGAAGCUUGACCAACUGCUCCAGGCUUUGCACACCGAUUCCCAGGCCGCUCGAGUUCUCCCGGGCAUUGGCUCUGUCAUUGUAGAAGAAGAUACUGUGGAAUCUUCAAGUGAAGAAUCGUUAUGUGAAAGCAAGGAACAACUCUUGGAUGACACUACAAAACCUUCCUCCCAGAAAGCAGUCAAACCAAAAGAGAUAAUGAUGCGGGCAAACAGUUUAAAGAAAGCAGUGAGGCAGGUCAUCGAAGAAGCAGGAAAAGUUAUGGAAGACCAGACAGUUUACCCCUGUGAACCAGUUAAUCAGUCAUUUGAUUAUGAUAGCACAGAAACAGAUGAAUCUAAAGAAUCUAAAGAUGAUGAUGCAAAAGAGUCAUUAACUGUUAAAACUGCACCUCGGUCUCCAGAUAGUCCGGCAAGUCGUUCCCAAACUGACUCUGGCCCUGGUCCAACUGUGGCAGCCAGCAAAGAAAACCUCCCUGUGCUCAAUACCAGAAUAAUCUGCCCAGGCUUAAGAGCAGGACUAGCUGCCUCAAUUGCUGGGAGUUCUAUUAUCAACAAAAUGUUACUAGCAAAUAUCGAUCCUUUUGGUGCAACGCCAUUUAUUGACCCAGAUCCAGAUUCAUUAGAUGGAUAUUCAGAAAAAUGUGUCAUGAACAAUUACUUUGGGAUUGGAUUAGAUGCAAAAAUUUCAUUAGAAUUUAAUAAUAAGAGAGAAGAACAUCCUGAAAAAUGCAGGAGCCGAACUAAAAACUUGAUGUGGUAUGGAGUCCUUGGAACCCGGGAAUUACUGCAAAGAUCCUAUAAGAAUUUAGAACAGAGGGUUCAACUUGAGUGUGAUGGACAAUAUAUUCCUCUCCCCAGUCUGCAAGGAAUAGCAGUAUUGAACAUCCCCAGCUAUGCCGGAGGCACUAACUUUUGGGGUGGAACUAAAGAGGAUGAUAUAUUUGCUGCACCUUCAUUUGAUGACAAGAUCCUGGAAGUCGUUGCAGUAUUUGAUAGUGUGCAAAUGGCAGUUUCAAGGGUCAUUAAACUACAGCAUCAUCGGAUAGCCCAGUGUCGUACGGUAAAAAUCACUAUAUUUGGCGAUGAGGGAGUCCCAGUGCAGGUGGAUGGCGAAGCAUGGGUUCAGCCUCCAGGGAUUAUCAAAAUCGUGCACAAAAACAGAGCUCAGAUGCUAACAAGGGACAGGGCUUUUGAAAGCACUCUGAAAUCUUGGGAAGAGAAACAGAAGUGUGAUUCUGAUAAACCAGUUCUUCGAACCCACUUGUACAUCCAACAUGCUGUUGAUUUGGCCACAGAGGAGGUGUCGCAGAUGCAGCUGUGCUCCCAGGCUGCGGAGGAGCUCAUUACAAGAAUUUGUGAUGCUGCCACGAUCCACUGUCUUUUGGAGCAAGAACUGGCCCACGCGGUGAAUGCCUGCUCCCAUGCACUGAAUAAAGCCAACCCUCAGUUCCCAGAGAGUCUUACCAGAGACACUGCCACUGAAAUAGUCAUCAAUGUGAAGGCACUAUAUAAUGAGACAGAAUCUUUACUGGUCGGCAGAGUUCCUUUGCAGUUGGAAUCUCCACAUGAAGAGCGGGUAUCCAGUGCCUUACACUCUGUGGAGGUGGAGUUACAGAAAUUAACAGAGAUUCCCUGGCUCUAUUAUAUCUUACACCCAAAUGAGGAUGAGGAGCCUCCUAUGGAUUGCACCAAGCGAAACAGCAGAAGCACAGUAUUUCGUAUAGUGCCAAAAUUUAAAAAGGAAAAGGUUCAGAAGCAGAAGACAAGUUCACAGCCUGUUCAGAAAUGGGGCACAGAGGAAGUUGCUGCUUGGCUGGAUCUGAUCAAUUUGGGAGAGUACAAAGAAAUCUUCAUUCGUCAUGACAUCAGAGGGGCUGAACUUUUGCAUCUGGAGAGGCGAGAUCUGAAGGACCUGGGGAUACUGAAAGUGGGCCAUGUGAAGCGAAUUCUUCAGGGAAUUAAAGAGCUUGGAAGGAGUACUCCCCAGAUUGAGGUGUAAUCAUAUCGGUGCUAUUCUUUGGAAGGGAAGUAAUUGCUACUUAAUACAAAGUUCUUGGAAGCAGUUGGCUGUUUUUGUAGUUUUCUGCCUAGACAAGUAAGCACCACUGAAGCACCUUGAUGACUUGAUAUUUUGCUGUGGGUGAAAAUUUUGAUUUGAGGUAUUAGAAAAUAUUUUUGUGCCAAAAAUACAUUUCACGGAGCCAUUUCCUUAUUGUACAUACCUAACCUGUCCAAAUUUGCUUGAGUUAGUAAAAAAGUAGGAAGACUGAGACAAUUGGAUUGUCAAAAACGUGGGAUUGCAAAAUGUUUACUUUCCUUAAAGCUGGUCAUGUGGAAUAUUCUUAUUGUACAACCACAAAACAGUAUAUGGCUAAAACCUCUUAGAUCCCAUUAUUGGAGGCAUUGGCUUCUUCCUUAUAUUUGUGGGUUAGGGGUCUAAGAUACAUUAAGGUGUGUUUUGAAUGUUAGAUUGGUAUCACCUCACAUUCCUAGUGCUCAGUGGUCAAAGAAUAUGUUUAAAAUCCCUCAAAUACUAUGAAUGAAUGCGAAUCUUAACGCAUGUUGUUGCUGCCUGAAUUCUUUUUCUUGCAUGUCACAUCUAAUAUUGUUAACUCUUAGUUUUAAUGGAAUUAAUUUAUUACUACCUAAGUACCUUUUUAUUAGCUAAAGGCAUUUUCUGUUCUUCAGUGUGGACCUUGCAUAAAUAUCCUGUAUCUAAGAAUUUGUGAACAUGUGUCUGUCCCAUAAUCGACAAAACGAUACUCUUUUGCAAGCCAGUUUUAUAUCCACUUAUCAUAAACAGUGGGCAUACACAUUAAGACAAUUUUCUGGAUAUUUUCACAAAUUACACGUUCUGUUGUCCAACAAAAUUAAUUAUGCUUUCCAAACCCAAAUUUGCACAUUUGCUCUUAUUUUUCCAUUUCGCUUUAAUAAUUAUUUAAUGUUUUGUUUGCAUUUACAAUAUAGGAGACUGUUGACCUCCAGAAAUUUCUUCAAUGUCUCAACUAGGAUUUGUAUACUGAUGACUGAUUGGUCACCCAGACUUACCCACUAGUUCAAGUUACUCCUGACAUGAACUGCCUCCCAAGAAGAGAAAUUUAAAUUAUUUUAAAGGCCUUUACAUUCUUUUUCUUAUCUCACCUAAUUCUUAUAUCCUAUCUGGUAGAUACUAUUUUCCUUUUUCUAAACCACUACACUUCAGUGUAGCUCAUUAGGAGUCAACAUUCCAAUUAUCAAAUGUUUGAAAGCCAAAGGCAUACAUAUAAAAACGCCACACAGGUAUCUUUAAAUAAGCUUUCUUUAGAUAUUAUAUACCAAAAAUCAAUUGUAAUAUUUAAAAAUCAUCUAUAUAAAAGAAGUAAACAGGGCAUUAUUGUACUUACCCAGUGGUGACAAUUUUCAUAAAGUAGCCUUCUAGGUAGGUGCUCAAUAGAUAUCCAUACAUAUAUGUGCAUAUACACAUAAUAUGUAUAUACACACAUAUACAUUUAUAUGUAUAUUCACACUUAUAAUCGCAAAAUAUGCUCUCAUUGAUACUUUCUAGACAACUGUUUGCUGAAUGCUUAAAGAGAAAUAUUGAUGGGAAAGCAUUAAAAUGAACUAUUGUCAGACAUAAUUAGAUCAAAGGAGUUAACUAUUUGACACUUUAUUCUUAUUCAUAACUUUAGUAUUUAACUACUAGUGAAAAUCACAGGAUUUGGAUAUCUUAAAAAUAAAUGAACCCAAUGGUUUCCUGACCAAGUAUGUCUGACUAUAUAUAUUUUACCUAAGUUGUGAAUAAAUGGACAUUUCCAAAGAGAAUUAUAUCAAGUAGCUUAAUGGAGUAAAAAGCUCUUUGCUUAAAAUUGUAAUGUUAUCCAUACUUAAGAAAUCAAAGGCCUUCUUUUUCAGUCCCUUUUUUAGCCCUGUCCCCCACCCCCGCAAGGAGUCCUGCUCUUCCAGGCACUUCCCAAUGGAAUCAGAAUAAAAUAUACCUCGCCAGGUUCUCAGAACUCCGCAGAGGUCACAGAUCCCUGUCCAGCUCUGCCCAAGUAGGAAAGAUGGGGCAAGGAGGUGAGGAACUCUAGAAAAAAAAUGAAUGAAUAUGAAAAUCUUUAUUGGUUUUCACUCCCCCAAAAUACUGCUUUGCUAAUAGAAAAAAUUCUCAAGCUAUUACAUUUUCAGAAUGUAAGAGUAAGAUGUAAAUGAUUGGAUUUAUUUGUUUGAUGUUGAUCUUUCAUUCUUAGAUACCAUCUUUUAUAUAUACUGUAAAACCUCCAUUAAUGGAAUCUUUGGUUGGGUAGAAUUUUCCUGCAAGUGGCUCUUGGAUAAGGGAAAUCCUUUAAAAUGACCAUUUAAUUUCUUUUAUUUUGUUAAAUGAGAGCAAAUUUUCCUGUCCACUUUGUCAUUUGUGGUUAUGUAGGACCCAAAGGACUUCACUCAAUACCUGUCUGCCAGGGUGGUGCCCUCAGGGCCCCCAUAGGUGCCUGUCAGUAUCACAGAGGAACCAGCUGCUUCUAAUAGGUGAGGUUGCAAAAAACCAUGGGAAGAAUUUCUCUCCCGGUGCCUGAUCACAGCUCUGGGGUGUGCAGGUGAGGCCUCUGUGCUUUGAUCCAGCAUAAGCUGGGGUGAGUGGCCCAAGCCUGCUCCUGAUUGCCAGCUGUCAUUGCCACCUUCCAAACUGCUAGGCUGUUCCACAAAUUAUGCAGAUAAUUUGAGAGGGAUGGAGAGGAAUCACAGCCAACACUCACUUCCUUUCAGUCUCAUUUUUCUCGAGGAAGAACUUGCUUUUCAAGAAGGAAAGGGACAGAGUCAGGCCUAGAUAAAAUGCCGGUGUCUGACUUUUCCCUUCCGUGUCUUUCCCCUCCCCUUCUGAGUUUCUUUUCCACUUUCUGGUUUCACAUUUUCCUACAUGCACACCACAGUGAUGGUUGCUCCAAAUCUCACUGCUGUAUACCACCGUUUUGUCAUCAACUGUUCUACUGCAAAAUGACUCAGCUCUUCCCACCUUAGCACUAACUGGGGGCCAUCUAGCAAAGUUUUAGGAAAAAAACAAUGUAAAGAAACUAAUUUUACCUUUUGCAUUUUAUAAAUGGAACCUUGCUAGUCUAAGUGAAUUUUAAUGGAUUACCAAGCAUGUUAAGCUCAUUUUCACGGGGGGCCACAUCAGCCUCGUGGUUGCCUUCAAAGGGCCAAGUGUAAUUUUAGGACUGCAUAAAUGUAACUACUCCUUAACAGUUAAGUGAGAGCUCAACACUGCCUCCAGGUAGAAACAAGGUGCCUGGCCAGAUAAAACAAGGUGGAGGGCUGGAUUUGGCCUGUGGGCCUUGUGUUUGCCACCUAUGGAUUAGACAAUUUGGGGAUCAUGGUGUGUGUGUGUGUGUGUGUGUGUGUGUGUGUACGUGUACACAUAUAUGUUGCUGUUACUGAGAAGAGGUGACCCGUGAAUGUCUAGAUCUGUGCUGUGCAGUGUCGUAGCCACUAGCCACAUGUGGCUGUUUAAAUCUAAGUUACUUUAUGUAGAAAUUGAGUUUUUCAAUUUCAUUAGCCACAUUUCAAGGGCUAAAUAACCACAGUGGACAGUACAGAUGUUGAACAUUUACAUCAUUACAGAAACUGUACUGGAUAACAUUGAGCAUUGCUACCCUAAAUGGACCCACAGCAUCCUUAUCACCUGGGAACUUAAGAAAAAUGCAGAUUCUUAGGUUUAGUUCAGACCUACUGAAUCAAGAAUUUUAAACAAGAUUCAUCUGAAUGAUUAGCACUGGUCUAAAUACGUUUUAUCCCUUUGAGAUAUUAGGUAUCUGAGGUCUUCAAAAGGUCCUCAGAAUAGCUCAUUCCCUCCCCAGUCCACUGUUUCAUAUCGCCUCUCCAGCUAAUCCUAGAAAUCAGCUAAAACUCAUUUAUCACCCUGAGUUUUCUUCUCAGUCCAUAUUCCUAAUUCUGGUUCUAGAUGAGCCCUACCUACCCAGUGAUUACAUUUUGGUGGCAAAGGUGGAACACAGGAGAUUGUCUACCUAGCACAGCUGGCCUUACCCCAUAUCUUACCCCAUAUCUAUUGCCAAUCUACGUUCACUCAGUCCAUUGCUCUUGAGGCACUCUCAUUUGUUCACAACUUAAGUCACAGAAAAUAUUUCAGAAGAAUUAUGCACUGAGAUAAGUAAGAUUGGGUCAGUCUCCGACAACUUGUACUUUUUCACUUUCUCUUAUUGGUAGAUUAUCCUGUUGACAUAGUUCAUGCUUGAGGGCAUAGCAGCACUCACUUUAAAUGAAUCAUUAGGCGUAAAAACUCAAAAGAUUGCCAAUAAAGUGAAAUGUGUCAUUAAAGCCCUCAAGGACCUGAUGUUUGCUAGACUAACUCUGUUUUUCUUAUGCUAAUUUAAUCUUCAUUUUCAGAUAGCUAAUAAUUUCUUAAAAUAGUGUCUGAAAAAUACUGUAUUAUAUUCUUGACCCUCAAAAUACAAAUUAUUUUAUUCUACAAUAAGACCUUUCCCAAUGACUUACUGUCAAUAAUCCUUCACUUAAUUUUUUAUAUAAUUUACCAAAACAUUGCUUCCUAGAUAUUCUUUAGCUUAUUUUUGUGAAUGAAAAGGUCACUACUUUAAUCUUAAUGGAAGUCACUUUUAACAGGAAUUAAGGAAGCAAAUAUUCAUGCAAAGCCGUGACUUAGAAAAUUAUAGUGGGAACUCUAAAGCAAGUUAUCUGUUAUCUCCAGCUGGGCUAAUGACAUAUUGGACUUUUGUGUUAAUGCAGAUGGGAAUUCUUUAAGGAUGUAACUCUUCAUUGAGCUAUAAAAGCAUUAUCUCUCUCAACCUUGGUAUCUAGUGUUUCUCCUGUCCUCUUUUCCCCCCAGAAAAUAAACUCAUCCUGCAAUUUUCAGGUGGAAUUUGGAUAAAACAGUGGGUUUAGAGAUUCAUGGUACAAGUGGCAGUUUUAAAACGCCAAGUCCUUUAAAUCAGCUGAGAAGAGUGAAACAUAAAGAUUCCUCAAAUGCUAUCAGACAGUUGCAUAACCUCCCCACACCUCUCCAUCUCUGCUCAUCACACGUGCCAGUCCAGUGGGGCAUGGGACUGGGUUGUCCCUGCUGUGGCAUCUCCCUGGUGGCUUUGCAUAGCAGUCUCUCUGUCAGGUGUAAUAUGUUGCCUUUGCAAUAGGAUGCAUUCCUAAAAAAAUAGCCAAAACUUUAAAAAGGACAUGAUUAUUGGUUUUAUACUAAGCACAGCACUAAUUUUUAAUCUUUCUUGUUUUCUCUUUAGUAUUUUCUCUAGGUUUUGUUUAGAGAUAUUUCUGUUAAAAUAACAAACUGUAAAGGUUUAUUAUUACAAAGAACAGUGAGAUAAAAGACAGCUGGACUGUACCUGUUUGCGUACUUCUUUCUGUUAUUUCCAGGAAAAGUUGUUUAACAGAGUAACUGAGACUACAUUAAACUCAGUAAUAUUGUUUUAGAAAUCACAUUACUAAUAUAGGUAAACAGAUUAAUUUCCUUUAUGUAACUAAGAUAUUCUAUUUACAUAUAUUUAUAUUCUCUCUCUUAAUUUUUAUGCACUUCAAGUUUUAAUUGGAAAAAUAGAACCCAAGCCAUUACUUAAAGUUCUAAAAACUUUACAUAAAGUAUUUUAUUUUAGCUGCAAGUUAUUCAUUUCAUAGGAAUUUAUUAAUAGUCCGGGUAUUUCAUAGGAACUGCAUUUCAAGAGUAAAUUAGCCAAACUUAAAGGAAUGUAGGGUUACUUUUAGAUGUAUUAAAAUAAGUUUUAUACUCAGUUAAUGAUGCCAUUGAAGUAGGAUAAUGAGGUUAGAUAUACAAGCUAUAAAAGAAAAAAUAUAUUUUGUGGUCCUUUCUAUUUUAUUGUACUAUUGUUUACCACAGCUUAGCCAUGUCUAUUUCUAUAUUCUAAGUAUUAAGCUGAUAUAUAACUAAUAUUUCUUACAGUUCUGGUAACUGGUAACAUAUAUUGUAAAAGGUUUUGCUAUUGUAACAUUCCCAGUUUUGUGAGUUAUAUAUUGUAUAUUAAGAUGACUAAUAAAUUGAAGUAAUAUAUUUGACGAGAGCUGGAAAAUAUGGUAAUUAUUUUCAAAUCUUUAAAUAAGUUGUAUCAAAUUUUUUUCCACUUGAGUGAGAUAAAAUUCUCGCUUUCGUGUUAAAAUGUCUAUUUAUACAACAGAUUUCUCCUUUUACUGGUUUUAUUAAUUUUCAUAUUAAAUUUUUUCUUAUCUUUUUGUACCCAGAUAAUUAGGUCAUGCUGGUUAUUCAAACUGCCAAACUAUACUUUGGUUUGCUGGACUCGUAGCAGACAAAUAUUAAUAACAAACCAGCUUUGUAUAUUUUGUAGCUUUGGGGCAAGAAUUUUACCUUUGAGUCUCUAAGGGAGAGGCAGUGCUAUUACCAGCAAAGUCAACAAUGAACAGUAUUGUUUGUGAUCAUCAGUAGAAGGUUUUCACAAGUUGUAUAAAUCAGUGCAUUUAUUUAUUAUGUUGUGAAAUGUAAUCUUUAUACAAAAUGUGUAUUCUAGCUGCUUUCUUGUUACUGCUCUUGCUUAGAGUGUAAUAGCUCUGUUAAUGAUUUACUUGCAUACUUGAAGUACUCAUUUCUCUCAAACAGAUGCCCAAUUUUUUUCCUUCUUUAAAACAAAAAGUAUUCUCUACCAUCAUAGGUAACUAAAUAGUAAUAGGGAUAGUGUUCAAAAUAAUUAUCAUGGUUAAAAUAAUUAUGGAAAAGGCAAAAAGCCAAAAUGAAAUCACCACCAUUAAGGAUUUAAUGUAGCCAGGGAAUUCAUCAUGCUAUUUUUUGCCAAUAUGUAUGUAGUUUAUUUUCAAAUCAGAACUUUUCUGUGGUGAAUUUUCAAUUUUUGUUGUACCGUAAAAGAGAUCUCAGUGAUUAUAUUGCCAAUAUGACAUUCCAAUGUACAUUAAAAAUCUUGAACCCCAAAUUAUCACAUACCUCCAGUGGCUAGCUCCAGGUUCCAGAGUGUGUAUUUCUAACACAUGAUUGCAUUUAAUCUGGGCUACUUUACAAAUAGUAACCAUGGUAACUAAUAGUUUGUUUCUGUCAAUUAAGUCAAUGGGAUUUUAAUUGAGUUCUUAGUUAUUUUGGUUUAAAAGUAGUCUCUAUUCAACUGUUUCAAAAACAAAAUCUAAAACAUAAUGGCACAACAUAACACACAGAAUAGAAUCACAUUUUCAAGAAAAUAAAACUGUUCUGACUUAAUGUGGGGCAGUGUUGUAUACCAAAAAAAAUCAGUUUAGCAAGCCCUAAAUUCAACUAUUUUAUAGUGUAAGCAGUAGAUGAAUUGUAAACUAUUUAAAAACUAUAAUAGGAGAUCCAGAAUUAAUUUAUUUUAAUUUUAAAGUCAGUGUUUAAUAUUAAUUUUACUGUUACACAAACAAUUAUUGAAGGCAGGAAAAAAGAAAACAUACGAGAAACAUCAUAUGAGAAUUAAAAGAAAAGAAACUUGGGUUAUUUUGGAAAGGUUUGCAAAUAAAUAAUUUGAAUAUAGAUAGCUUUCACCUUAUAUUAUAGGAGCACAAAACCUGUGAGAUGUAUGGUAUGUACAGUGUCACAAACACCACCCAGAAUGUCACCCUGGUGAAGCCUCAGAGACUAUGUCUGCACCUUACCCAAAUAAUCAGUAGAAUUCAGGGGGCCCAUUUCACUGUUGAAAUUUAGAAGCCAUUUAAACAAGUAGUUUGGAUGACCUACUAAUCAUUUUUAUUUCCUACAUAAGGCAAAUAAUGUCUGCUUUCUCCACUGAGUGAUUGGCAGAGGGGGAACCUGUCAGAAGGGCUUUGCUAGUUCCUGGAGAAGAACUCUGAUGAAUACAGAUCAGAUCAUACCAUUCAGACAAAAGAGACUUUCAUGAACCCGCCUUCAAAUUUUUAGCAAGGAUAGAUUUUCCUUUCAUUUGAAACCAAAAAAAAAAUUAAAAUUCGUAAUACUACACAUAGCUGGAUUCUGUGAUUCUGGAGAUGGGAAUAUGGUUUAGGUGUAUUGAGUUCCAUAACUGACUUUGGUGCUCACUCACUGUGUCCUUUCUACAAACUAUAUGCCUCGGUCUCCCCAAUUAGAGAUGGCACACAAUAUUAUCAAUUAUAAGUUCUUGGGAAUUUUUCUUUGACAAAAAAUUAUGUAAGUGUGAAUCAUACCUAAAUUUACCAUUUCUUUCCCACUGCCAUUUAAGACAUAAAAAAGCUUCUAAGGCUAUAGCUUAAAAAUUAAAAUUCCAAAUUAAUAUCCCUUGAUGUUCAGUUUAAAAAUAAGAGUGAAGUAACACUAGUACUCUCUGUAUUGUAGGUUAUGGGUAUUUUCAUCUGUGCAUACAGGCUCAUAUUAUUCAUUUUAAGAUUAUCUAAAAACUCACCUCUGAAAUCUCCAGAAAUUUAGUAGUGUUUUUUUCUGUACCUACUCCAAUCAUUUUACAGCAGUGAAUAUUUU